AUGGAGCAUCUUCGAAAGAUUCGCUUCUGGAGCCCAAAGGCAUCGGUCACUGCCAGCGCCACAGCCGCGCCAAAGCCCGACCGCCCCGCUCUUGUUUGCAACGACGAGACGGUCGACUACGCAGCGUACCACCUGUGUGCCCUCGACCCCGUCCUCGGGAGCCUUCUCUGCGUCGGCGACAACGUGCCCGUCGUCGUGCUGACGCGCGGCCGUCGACGGGUGACGCUUCCGGUGCGAAAAGGGGUGCGAUGGCUGGACGCUUAUAUCUUUGCCGGAACCUCGAGCUUUGUUCUACUGUCCCCGGAGUGUCUACUGCUGCUCGACUUUACACGACGCCAUUCCCCCUGCGUCCUUUUCCCGCGCGGCAGGGGUGGGGCACUGUUUGCUUGCCUCCACGUUCCGCAAGGCAUGACGUGGGGCGUCGUUGGCUGCCGCGGGGGCUCCGUCAUGUAUUGGAAGCUGAAGGAUGAGGCCGGUGCGCCGAGUUUGGUGUGGGCGGCAUUGACAAGCGAUCCACUCGCGUUUUGCCGUCCCUUCCUUCCGGCUCAGCUGCCGCCGUCGUCGUCGUCGUCGUGUGGCCACGUCCACUCGAUAGACUCCAAUCCGACGAGUCCAAAUUCCCUUGUGGCGGUGCUUGCGGGUGUCCCUGGGGUCUGCAAGUGGCACCUGGGCGAGAACAACCUAAGUGGCUUCUACCGCCUUCCCGGCGUCGCUGCAGGCACGUCGCUGCAGGUCUGCAGAGUAACCCCGGGAGGGGCUUACAUCGUCGCGACGAACGGUGACAUCUCCACCGUGUUUAUAUGGUCAGAUGGGGGAAAGAAGACAAAGAACAGGUCGGUGGAGGUGUUCUGGACGCUAGAGACGGGUUGCCGCUUACCUUUUUCUCUCGGGAAUAGUAACGUGGAAGGCGUCGACGAGGAGAGCGGGGGUGCAACGUGCGGUAUACACAUUGCACGUAGCGCCGGCUCUUCUAUGCAAGUGCAAUCAGACAAAAAGUGUCAGAUGCAUCUUCUUCUUUACUCGGUGGGAGAAUUGGUGGAGCUGGUGCUGGAUGUGGAGGGGAGGCAGCUGCAUCAGAGAGAAGAUGUCUUGGCUCAUGUGGCUGCACUCCACCUGGAGCGAGCGGCGGCGCGGGGUGCCAACGAUGCCCUCGCCGUGAAGCGUGUCAUUCCGUGCGUUCGCUCCAGCUACUGGGUAGGCAUGUGGAGAGAGCGCGACCUGGACGUGCUUCUCAUGACAACUAGCGCCUCUGGUCCGCUCCUCAUACGACGGUGCCGGUCAAAGCGUAGCGUGGAGAGCAUAGAUACGUUGCAGGAGCUUCCACGCGGGGCGACCGCUUCAGUUGGAAUGCUGCUUUUAUCUCCGCCCGUUGGACAGGUAAGCGCCAUCUGGGCCUCGGUGCGGAGCGCCCAACAGGACUCCGAUCCGUGGCGAGACGUACUGCAAGGGAUGGGGUUAACGAAGCCGUACACCCCGCAGGAGGGAGUGACAUCUCCCUUGGUGUUUGGCACAUUGCCUGAUGUACCACGUGGAGGUGUUUGCCUGUUUCCUCGGUCCAACGAGUGCAUUCCUGCACCCGCGUCCGUCAUGGAGCAAGAUACGGCGUGGGGAAGCCAAGUCGCAGUCGGAGCUGGCAGGCGGUUGGUGUUACUCGAGCAAGCCAUACCAGAGCUGCCGCACGACACAGAAAUGGUAGUGCGCGUUGUCGCCGGUGCAGACAAAGUCGUUGUGUUCGUGUCACAUGUCUCGGCGGCGUUCGUGGAGCCGCUUGUGGAGAUUUCGGGAGCGUGCCUCAUGCCAGAUACAAAGCCUGCUGGAGGCAGGGAAGAUGAUGCCGACCGCGACGCAGCCCUUUUAGCACGAUCCGCGGUUUUGGUCAGUUGCCGUAUGGAGAGUUCAGGAGAUGCGCCGUCAAGGCUCCGAUUACUCCGCGGCGGAUGCAGCGUACUGCUCCAGCUGCGCGACGCCUCCUUGGCGCUGGUGGACCUGAGCGGCGCCCAGGCAGGGGAGGAGGGGUUUCCCAUUAUGCUGCGUUUUCCGUUAGCGCUCUUCCCCGCUGGUAGCACCGUGGCUUCCUUCGACACGGUCUGGCUGGAUUCCCCAGGCUCGUCUGUGUGCGCAAAAGAGGGUGCAGUCGACGGGGGGUGCCUGGCACUUGUCUGCGCCCUGUCCGACCAGAAGGGUGUGGUUGUGUGGGAUAUGAGCCGCAUGCGACUGCUCUCGUACCUUCCAAGCACGGGAGGAGAGGAGUGGCGCUACAAUACCGUUAUUGCGUGCUCACAGAUGACAAACUUCCCUCCAUUGGGCGCGGAUUUACUGUGCGAAGUUGUCGUGACGUCUGCUGCAACUGCCACGACAGGAGCGGCACACGGAAGCGAGGGCGUUAUCUAUCUACGCGACGUGUUUGGUCGGCUAUUGCUCCCGGUGCGCAUUCGCCAUUCUCCUGACGGUGCGGAUUCGUGGACUGUGAAAAAGGAGGGUGACGGAGAGGACUGGUUUUCGAUUCCCUCAAGGACUUCUGCGGCACUGCGCUUCUGCGUGCGAGUUGUCGAAGGCCACGUGAUGCUGGUAGGGAGGGUAAACCAUUCUCUCGGAGAGACGCCGCUGCCCGCCGCGCGCAUCGCCGUGGUGGAGGCAGGACCGUCCUGGAGCCUUGGUCCCCUUGAGUGGCGUUUGUGUGAGGGACCGGGUGGCGUCGAGGAAGAAAUGCCUUUUGAAAAAGAGGCGGCGGCGGCGGAGGCGGCCCCCGCGCAGUGUCAGCGUGAGCGGGCGAUCGUGUUUCUGUGCGGCGCCAGAAGGAUGGACGUCGUUGCCGCCGCGAGCCUGGCAGGGAGCGGGGCUGAGAACCCCCCCGGGCUGUCGUGCUCCUUCCGCUCCGACCGUGUCAUUGAGCACGUGGUCGUUUGCGGGGUCGUUGGCGCGGCGCUUGUCUUGACGAAGGACGCCAACGGGUGGCGCUGGCUCAGCGCGUUGGAUUUGGAGACGGCCCAGCCGUUGGCGGAGUCCCAGGCGCUGAUUCACUUCACCCGGGAGGGGCAGCUCCGCAUCUGCCCUCUCCCGCUGGAGGGGGAAAACCUCCACGUGUACGUCGUCGGCCGGGGUGGGGUGCUCGGCCACCUCGUCUUCGCUGCCGCGGGCGGCGGGGGACAAACGGUUAGCGCACACGCCGGUGCGUUUUUCGCGGAGCCGCCGUGCAUAGCCGCGCCGUCGAGUUUCGGGGCGUAUCGCCGAUUCCUGCCGCCGCCGCCCACAAUGAAGCAGGAGCAGGGUUUUUUGAAGCGCCUCAUGACGCUUCCGUGGGAGGAAAUGGCCCUGAAAAUAGAGGAACUGCUGCGGCCGGAGCGACACGAGACUUUCGAGGAGCUCCACCGGCGCCUGGCGCCAACCUCCGAGCACGGAGGAACCCCGCCGCCGCCACCGCCGCCGCCAACAGCGACAAGGGACGCGGCGUCGUCGUCCCAGCAACCCAGCCCGCUGCAGGGGCCGCGGCGAGGAAGCCGGUACGACGAGCUAAAAUCCACUGCGGCGCGCGAGGGCGUCACGCUGAACGAGGCGAGGCGAAUAAUGAACGAAAACCAGACCAAGCUGCAGGAGCGUGGGGAGCGGAUUUCUGAAAUCGCGAAUCGGUCCCGCGAGCUCGCGGAGGAGGCGGCCAAAUUUCAGAAUCUGGCCCGCAUGUUGAAGGAAAAGCAACGAAACAAAUGGAUAUAA